AUGGCGCAACCUCCCACCACAACCGGCGACGAAGAGGUGAAGGCAUUCCUGGCGAGACAUCCCGAGAUCCUCGUCGGCCGCGAGGCGCACGAAAAGGCCGAGGAGGAGGCCGGCGGCGACACCUUUGUCAUCGUCAACAAGCCGUUUGACAACGUCAUCUUGAACCAAAUCUUCAACGCCGAUACCCUGGAGCGCGUGUCCGCUGCGGUGUUGAUCGAUGACCAAAAGGCUCUCGACUACUACAAAAAGCACAACCAGGACGGGGACGGCACUGCGCCAGAUCCCAAGAGCUGCCCGGGCUGCGGCGCUGGGUCUGACAGGGCGGCCCGCGGCCUCGAGGGGCCGGAGCGUUUCGUCAUUGAACGCAUGGCUAAGUGUACAUGCAAGAGAGCACCGGUCGGACGGAUGUGGCCGGCAUAG